AUGACGUCACACGGUCCAGAAGUCCACCUGGGCAAGGAGGACAGUAAAGAUACGAUUUUAAGAGUAGUAGAGUCCAAACUCAAGGCCCUGCAGUGCCACUUCACCUGGGAUCUGGAGACCAGCAAGAUCCUGCUUUUACGUCGCAGGGACUACCUGGAGGACAUUAGACCUUUACUAAGGCUUUACAUAAAUCAUGGGUCUAUUGACGAGGCCAUUGCUUUGGCAGAGGAGGCUCUGGGAGCCCAUCCAGAUGAGCGUUACCUGAAGGGCUGUCUCGCAUACUGCUACAAAUGGAAGAUCUUCGAGGAAAGCCCAAAUCAGAGCGUGAUAGACCGAGCCAUCAGUCUCCAUAAGGAGGUGAUUGCUCUCUACCCUCAUUCUUCAUUUGCAAAGAAAAUAAACCUCGCAAAGACAUAUGCAAAGUUAAAAGACUACCAGGAUGAAGCUGAGCAGAUAUACCAGGAGCUGCUGGGAAGAGAUCUGGAGCCUGCAGACAAACAGACGCUCUGCAGCAUCUAUGCAAAAUAUUUAUUCUUCUGUCGCAAAGACAGUGAAGGGUCACUACGAUAUCACAUGGAGGUGGUAAAGAUGCCGCUUCAAUCCAUCUAUCGGAAGACUAGCAUCAAAAUCCUGGAGAAGAACAGAAACAGAAGCCCAAUGGGUAGAGAGAUAGAGGAGUUUCUGGCAAACCUGCAGGAGCCAUGAUGGUUUUAACAUUCACCCAAAGCCAAUCAAUCAGUCUCCAUGAAGAGGUGAUGCUCUUUAGCCUCAAUCUCUCCUUAUGAAGAAAAUAGAACUCGCAAAGUUAAAUUACGGCCAUGAAAAGCUCAGCAGAUAUAUCAGGAACUGCUAGAAUGGAACUUGCAGACAAACAUUAGAUAUAUUUACUACUAUACUACUUUGUAUAAAUACCUCAAUCGGCAG